UCGUUUAGCAGUAACCCGUUCUUCAAUCAAAGCACACCCUGUAAACUCGGAAGCAACUCCGAGUUAGGGUUUCCGAGUGGGCAUGGCCGAUUUCCAAACCUCCACUCACCGAUCUAAGUGGAUCUUCACUCCUCAAGACCUGAUUGAAAAGUACAAAGCUGCCAAUCAGAGAGCAAAACAAACAUUGGAGAAGUAUGGAGUAACACGCAUUGAAGUAGAUGCUGAUGGGUCAUUGCAAUACCCUGAACCUCAAAUUAGUGCAAAAGACAAUGCUGAAAAGCGUUCUCGACCCAAACCACUUAAUUUUGAAGAGGAACGAUUUAUGCGGUCAUUCUAUGAGUAUAAGAUUCAAGAAGUAUGUGCAGCCUUCUCUUUCCCUCACAAAAUUCAGGCAACAGCUCUCAUAUACUACAAAAGGUUUUAUCUGCAGUGGUCGGUCAUGGAACAUCACCCAAAACACAUAAUGUUAACCUGCAUAUAUGCAGCUUGUAAGAUAGAAGAAAACCAUGUAUCAGCGGAGGAGCUCGGUAAGGGGAUUGCACAAGAUCACCAAAUGAUUCUCAAUAAUGAGAUGAUAGUUCUUCAGAGUCUAGAUUUUGAUCUUAUUGUUUUUGCACCAUAUCGUUCAGUUGAAGGUUUUGUUGAUGACAUGGAGGAGUUCUGCCAAGCAAAAAAUGACCAGCUUCAAAUGUUGAAGGAUUUGCACAAAACUGCAAAGAUGGAAGUAGACAAGACCAUGCUCACAGAUGCGCCACUUCUAUUCCCUCCUGGCCAGUUGGCAUUGGCUGCUUUGCGGAGGUCAAAUGAGGUGCACCAAGUUCUUGACUUCGAGAGAUAUCUGAGCAGCAUCCUCUCUCGACAGGAUUUUUCACACGCCUUCUCAGAGCUCACUGAAUCUCUAAACGCAAUAGAUUCUUGGGUAAUGAAACAUCAAGUCCCUACAACUGAAGACAUGAAGCAUAUUGAUCGAAAACUGAAAUUUUGUUUGGAUCCUAGCUCACAUGACAAGAGUAAGAAAAGGGAGAAGAAAUCGAAGCACAAAUCCAAAAGAAGUGCAAGUGAAAUGCAAAACUUACCUCCUGGUGCUUAACUGUGGAUGGACCUUCUCCUCACACCCUUAAAAGCCGGUUUCUCUCCAGAAUACAUUCCAAAAACCUCCUGAUACCACAACAGACAAUACACACAUCUAAUGAAGAGAUGCAGAAAUUACCAGCAAUUCAUAUCAUAACAGAUGAAAUUCACACUUUAGUUGAGGCUGUGGCUCCAGAUGUUGAUUAUCUGCUUUCUUCUCUGGGAAAUAUAGAAACUCUUCGUGUUAUCAUUCCGGCAACCGGGCAAUCGGCAAUCUGGUCUUUGUGAGUUGUUAGUAUAACAGAAGAUGGAAUGUACUUUUUCUCUGAAGGUAUACAAGUAAGGCACAUUAUCAUUAAAUUCUAUAAGAACAAAGUAAAUUGAAUUGUUAGCAUUGAAGUUUUGUGUGUUCUCAGCUAUGUGAACUUAUGGUAGCAUUCAACUAUGAAACAUCAAGUAUAAAUUCAUUAAA